AUGAUCGCUUCAAAACUUCCGUAUGAUUGUUUAAAGGAAGUUUUUGAACACGUUCUUAUUUACUCUACACAUCGUCAUCCAAAAAAUCUUUUUUCAUGUUUAUUAGUUAAUAAACUUUGGUCAAAAUUAGUUGUUCCACUUUUAUGGAAGUAUCCUUGGCAAUGGAGAGGAGGAUUCUCAGCAAGUCCAGUUUUUUGGAAGGCAAUCACUAAAACAAUAAUAUCAUGUCUCUCUGAAGAACAAAAAUCCCGAAUUUUUCUCUCUUUACCUAAUUUAUCACCUCCGACAUAUGAUUAUAUUAAAUAUUGUGAACAUUUAUCACCCAAAGUUAUAGAAUCAAUUAUUGAAGCAUUAGAAAUAUUACAAUUGAAUCAUGAUGAUAUCAAGAAUUUCGAGAAUUCAAUAAUUGUCAAAAUAAAUAGAAGUAUAUUACAAAUUGAAUUUUGGAAAUUUUUCAUGAAUAAAUGUUUAAUCAUUAAAUCUUUGGAAUUACCGAAUAUUUCGAUUAUUAAUUAUCCUGGAGCUACCAAUUGUUUAAGUUCUCUGGAAGAACUUGAAUGUUGUACUUUGAAAUCAUCCAAAUUAUUUAAAGAAUUAGUACCAAUUUGUCAUAAUAUUCGCUUUCUAUGUGUAUCAUGUGACGAAGAUAAUGAUGGAUUAUCACAACUUAUUAUAUCUCAACAUGCAUUAUUAGAAUUUAGAUGUAUUUCUUUAAAUGGAGAAAUUUGUACGAAAAUUGGACAAGCUUUAACAUCUCAAGCUCAUUCAUUGGAUACUUUAAAUUUAGAGAAUAGUUUAUGUUUUUCGGCGGCAAUAUUAAAAAAUUUCAUUAAUCUCACGGAAUUAAAUAUUAUUAUUGAUGAUAAAAUACCUUCUGAUUUAAAUACUUUAAGAUUAGUAACAUUACCAAAUUUACGAAAUUUAUAUAUUGAAUGUAAUAAUGAAUAUCCACCAUUAGAUAUUUAUGUAGGUUUAAUUGAAAGAACUCGAGGAGAGUUAAUCAAAGUAGAAAUUAAUUCAUCACAUUACCUUCAACGAAAAGAAUAUUUUUCAAUAUUAAUUCGAUCAAUUUUUACAUCAUGUCGAUCUCUUAAAGUAGUUUGUGUUUAUUAUACUGAUAAAGUUAAGAUGGAAUUAGAAGAAUUGAUUAAAAUUUGUAAAAAUUUAGAAGAAAUUACAAUUAAUGGAAGAAAAUUAAUGGAAAAUGAAAAUUCACCACUUGCCAAAUCUGUAUUUGAGAUUUUAUUGAAACAUGGAACAGAGAAUUUACAAGAAUUGGCAUUACUUGGUGAAUGGAAAAGCUCUCAAGAUGAAAUUUCCAAUAAUUCAAGACAAUUAGCAUUAUUACCCAUAAAAAUUACAAAUGAUGCAAAGGGAUCCUGGGAAGUAAUAAUUCCUUGGAAAGGGCAUGGUUUAGAACCAAAAGGUACGGCAUCCUCAAGUUUUAGUGAAUAUUAUUUCAAGUCCUCAGCAACAUUCAAAAUAACACUCGAAAAUAUUAAUGCUCACAAUACAUUAAUUCAAUGUUAUUCGUCAAUUACCACAACUACUGGAUUUAAAAAUUAUUUACACGAUAGUCAAUCAUUUAUGAUAAAUCGUAGAAAACUUGAUCUUUUACCUACAAAAAUUAUAAAUAUUGAUCAAUUCAGAUGGGAAUUAAUUGUUCCUUGGAAAGGAACUGGAUUUGAUGAAGAAGAAAUAUUACGACUUGAUCUUUAUUGUUUCCUUUCUGUGCCUGCAACUUUGAAAUUAUCAUCUAGUCCUCAGUUCUAUCCAUUCGGUUCCAAAGAAGCAUCAUUCAAAUUAACACUUUUUUCUAAUACUCGAAUAAACGUCAUGGAUAAUAAAAAUAUUCUUAAAAAAAUUACUUGUGCUACUUAUAUAUCUUCGGCUAAUUCUACCAACGUUUUAUAUGAUAAACAGAAUUUUGGAAUAAAUCUCUACAAACGACCGUAG